AUGUCUGAAAAGGAGAAGAGACUCGACGCAGAAUCGCCGGUCCGCCACGACGGCAUUGGUCACAGCGAGGAAGCGGAGCGCAAGAAGAGCAUCGCCGAACUCACUCAGAACCUCGAAGGCGAGAUCCGCAACCCUUUGAGAGGCAUUCCCAAAGCCCAACUUCUUGAACAGGUCACGACCUACCAGAGAACUCAAGGCCUACCGGAAGAGAUUCUUCCACUCCUGCAGAAGGGCGCUCUUGUGGCUCAGAACCCAGCACUCUUCGAGACUCUUGAUGAGCUCGAUGAGGGCGAAAAGACCGCCCUGAGAGAGGAAGUUACCCACAGAUGGAAACACCCCUGGCCUCUGUACUACACGAUCAUUCUCAACUCUAUUGCUGCUGCUAUUCAGGGUUGGGAUCAGACUGGAUCCAAUGGCGCCAAUCUGUCUUUCCCUCUCGCUCUUGGUAUCCCAGAUACGGCUGGUUCUGCAUGUGGUCCAGUUGCGAACGAGGGUGACUGCGCCAAGAAUAGUUGGAUCAUCGGCUUUGUCAACUCCAUGCCCUACAUCACCAUCUGUCUCUUUGCUGGCUGGAUCUCUGACCCUAUGAACGACUUAUUGGGCCGUCGGGGUGUGAUUUUCGUUGCCGCCAUCUUCUCACUCCUCGCACCUUUCGGCAUGGCAGUGUCACAGACAUGGGGCCAGCUUGCAGCGUGCAGAAUGCUUCUCGGAAUCGGGAUGGGUUUGAAAGAGGUCACCGUCCCAGUAUUCUCCGCCGAGAAUUCCCCCACGCUCAUUCGAGGUGGUCUAGUCAUGUCAUGGCAAGUUUGGACGGCUUUUGGCAUCUUCCUGGGCACAUGCGCCAACCUUGCCGUGGGUAAAACCGGAGACAUCGCAUGGCGUUUGCAGUUCGGCUCAGCCUUCAUCCCGGCCGUGCCCCUGGUGAUCGGCACCUUCUUCUGCCCAGAGAGUCCUCGUUGGUUGCUGAAGAAGGGCAAGACUUUGCAGGCCUGGCAUUCCCUCUUGCGGCUCCGCAACACUCCUCUUCAAGCCGCGCGCGAUCUCUACUACAUCCACGUACUUCUCGAAGAUGAGGUUGCGCUUGUUCAGGAAGCUGGCCUUCAGGCUACCAGCAACCUGUUCACUCGCUUCGUCGAACUGUUCACCAUUCCGCGCAUUAGGCGAGCUACUUGGGCCUCUGGAAUUGUCAUGAUUGCACAACAGAUGUGUGGAAUCAAUAUCAUCUCCUUCUACAGCUCUACCAUCUUCAAAGAGAGUGGCAUCGGCGACUACACCGCCCUUUGGGCCAGCUUCGGUUUCGGUCUCAUUAACUUUAUCUUCGCAUGGCCUGCCGUGUGGACGAUCGACACUUUCGGUCGCCGAACACUCUUGCUCUUCACCUUCCCGAACAUGUUUUGGACUCUUCUUGCUGCCGGUCUGUGCUACCUCAUCGAUAAGGACUCUGAGAAUAGUACGGCUCGGAUUGCAGCUGUCGCAACCUUCGUCUACCUCUUCGCCGCAUUCUAUUCCCCGGGUGAGGGGCCAGUCCCUUUCAUGUACUCGGCCGAGGUCUUCCCCCUUUCUCAUCGUGAGAUCGGCAUGUCUUGGGCUGUCGCGACCAACAACUUUUGGGCCUCGGUGCUUUCGCUCACAUUCCCUCGGAUGUUGAUUGCAAUGACGGCUACUGGAGCCUUCUCGUUCUACGCGGGUCUCAAUCUGGUCGCAUUGGCGCUCAUAUUUCUGUUUGUACCAGAAACAAAGCAGAAAUCUCUCGAAGAGCUCGACUACGUCUUUGGGGUCCCCGACCGCAAGCAUGCUUCUUACCAGCUCUUCACUGUGUUGCCUUGGUGGACAAAGCGGUGGAUCUUCCAGAAGAAGACUGCGGUCUGCCCACCACUGUACCAUGAUGAGAAUGCUGAGCAUCACCACGGAGGAGAAUGA